CGAGCGACUCGACUACACGAACCUGUUGCACAUUGAACGUUAGCGGAGCAGCCUGCGCUGUGGUCACAGAGCUAUUCGGGCUAAUGUGCAAAUGAUGUUCAAUAACCAGGGCAUUCAACCCGUAACUGUUGUUUUUAACAACACAAAAAACAGCUUUCUUCACCUCCCCCCGAAGCUGAUAUCUCACCUUUCCCUGAACGAGAACCAAGCUUUGGAGUUGUCCUGGGGCCAUGGGUCUCCACUGUACCUCAGCUGGACUCCAAACAGAGCCUCCUCCAGCUUUGACAGUCACAAAGUGGAGCUGUGUCGGCAACUGGGAGAAAAGCUUGGCCUGAAAGAUGGAGAGCAGGGCUUCCUGAGACCAUGUCACCAGGUCUCAUCAGUGCAUCAAGUGUUUGUGGAGCCUCUGUCAUCGGAUGACUGGGAGAUCCUGGAGCUUCACGGUGCUGCACUUGAGCAGCAGCUGUUAGAUCAGAUCAGAGUGGUGUUCCAAGAUGCUGUCUUUCCUGUGUGGGUGGACAGCCACACAGCCAUCUACAUCCGAAUAGCAUCAAUUUCGCCGUCUGUGCCCUACGGUCGCCUGGAACAGUUCACAGAGCUAAUUGUUUCGCCGAAGAUCCGAGCUGGAAUAAGUGACCACAGUGGUUCUCCAGUGAGGAGCAGAGAGCAGAACACGGAUGUAUCCUCCUCCUUGGGACAAUCAUCAGAAAAUACCACUCAUGUCCCUCAAAGCCACCAGUGGGGUGGCAUAGCUGACCUGCGGAGCCUUGUACGCUAUAUGAUAAAGGGCACUUAUGACCCAAUUAAAGAGCUACCACCAGUACCUGGCAUCCCUGCCCUCCUCACUGACUCAAUCUACAGAGUAUGCGGUGCACCUCCUGACUCUCUUUGCACCAUAAGCCACACUGCCACUGGUGUUAUUCAUUUAUUUCCUUCGACGCAUGGACUUAAUGCUAGCAUAAUUGGAGGUCAGUCUCCAGUGACAUACGGUCUGCUCUCUAAGGUUCCUUGCCCAAAAGAGACACGGGAAAGAGCCAAGCAGGCCAUGGAGAAAAAUAAGAAAACAGGGGUUACCAAUGUUGGUGUCUCUUUGGAUGGAGUAGGAGAUGUGAAAGAGGAAGAGGUCAUGGUGGUCAGGGUGGUGUGCCAUCGUAAUCUAGCAGACAAACAAAGCGGUCCGAGCCAGGGAGAGAUCCAUAGUGGAAGAGUAUGGAUCCCACAGCCCCUGGCCACCAGAUCGAAUAUCAUCCCACAUUCAAUGGUUAGAAUUAAGCCAGUUACAUCGACUAUCAAAGUGGCCUCCACUAUUCGUCUGCAGCCUCUAAAACCACUGCGUGAGGAAGACGAUGGGGAGAUCCGGACGGCUUUCCUUGGUUGGCUGCACACUCAGAGUCAUGAACCUUUAGCCUGUCUGACUGCACGGUCUGGCACCAUCCUCCUACUCGGAACAGAGGCAAAGUUAGAGUUUGCCCUAACUGUGCUGAAACCAGAACCAGCAAUUGAUCCUCCAGACCAGCUAUUUUUCCUAGCACACACUUUCUUCCAGAAGGAAGACAUACAGGUACACAGAGAGUCAGUCACCACGCCAGCUGUGAAAGCUGAAGCUGAAACACCCAACAUAGAGCUUCCCCGUCUCAGUAUUCUUGGUGGGAUUGAUGAUCUUAGUAGGACUGGAUUUGAGUUUGUCUCCCACAGCCUUCUGGGUAGUCCCCUGUCACGAGAGCUUGGUACCACUGGUCAGGGGCUCCAAGGAGGAGCUCUACUCAUCACUGGUGCUAAGGGUAGUGGAAAGAGCACUCUAUCCCAAGCCCUCUGCAGGAAAGCUAGAGAAGAUUUAGAUGCACAUGUGGAGGUGGUGGACUGCAGAAAGCUACAAGGCAAAAGGGCAGAGAGUGUGAGGCAGAUGCUGCAGGAUGUUUUUGAACAGGCCGAGUGGAGGCAGCCUUCAGUUGUUCUUCUUGAUGACCUGGACCAUGUGACGGGGACACCAACCUCGCCUGAACAUGAGCAGGGCCCUGAGGCGCUGUUGCAACAGCACAUUGCACAGAGUCUAAAGGAUGUGGUGGACGAAGUGGUGAUUCACUCCAGCUUGGUGUGUCUGAUCAUUACCAGCCAGAGUGAACACUCCCUCCACCCGUCACUGACUGAAGUGCAGGGGUCCCACUUCAUCCAGGGAUUUGUAGACAUCCAGCCACCGGACCAGGCCCAGAGAGCAGAGAUCCUGCGUCGUCUGAUCCUCAGAAAGUCUAGUCUGUCUGAGGAAACAUUACAGAUUCUCGACCUAGAGGUUGUUGCCAAGGAAACAGAGGGUUACACGCCUCAAGACUUGGCGCUGCUGUUGGAGCGAGCUGUCCACGCUAACACAGUACAAAGAGGACACACCGAUCAGGGUGCAAGUCUAUCUUGGAGGGACUUUGUACAGGCUCUUAAGGGGUUCACGCCUCCCUCGCUGUGGGGGGUAGACCUCCACACCCCAAGUGCAAUUGGGCUGGAGAGGGUGGGAGGGCUGAGAGAGGUGCGGCAGCAGCUAAUGGAAACUGUACUGCUCCCUGCUAAGUAUCCUAUCCUGUUCUCCAAUCUUCCUAUCCGCCAUCGCUCAGGAAUAUUAUUGUAUGGAGCUCCUGGUACAGGGAAAACCCUGCUGGCCAGGGCUGUGGCCAAAGACAGUGGUAUGAACUUCAUCAGCAUCAAGGGACCUGAACUUCUGAGUAAGUACAUUGGAGCCAGUGAGCAGGGAGUCCGUGAUGUUUUCCAGAGGGCACAAGCAGCUAAGCCGUGCAUCCUGUUUUUCGAUGAGUUUGACUCUUUGGCCCCCCGGAGGGGCCACGACAGCACAGGUGUGACUGACCGUGUGGUCAACCAGCUCCUCACCCAGCUGGAUGGGGUGGAAGGACUACAGGGUGUAUAUGUGCUCGCAGCCUCCAGCCGUCCAGAUCUGAUUGACCCGGCCCUACUGAGACCCGGACGUCUGGACAAGUCCCUCUACUGCCCCCCUCCUGACCUGGAGUCUCGUGUGGAGAUCCUCAGGGCUCUGAGUACCGGUAUUCCCCUGGCUGCUGGUGUGGACCUAGAGCAGUUGGCAGCAGGGACGGAGCAGUUCACCGGGGCAGACCUGAAGGCCCUGCUCUACAACGCACAGCUGGAGGCCAUCCACAACAGCUUGGACACAAGCACACCGCAUUGUGACAAUCAGGAGCUGACCUGCGGCUCAGACAGCGACAUGAGUCUGUCCUCCAUGAUCUUCCCAAACAACAGCAGCGGCUCAGACGACUCUGUCGGGGAGAGAGACCAAGGCACGUGUUUGGACCAGUCCAUUGUUCUGCUGGAGCCCGACGAGCUCCGAGCAGAAGAAGAACACCAUCGCAGCAACGUCUGGAGACUCUACUUUGGAAGCUCCUAUGAGUCUGAGUCAGGGAAUUCACCGAUUUCUGGACUGAACUCCCAGUGCAUCUCUGGACCCAACUCCAUCACGCAGGACUGUGCGGGGGCAUCAGUUCGUGACCCCGGUGGCUCCGUCCCUCCUGUCUUCAUGUCCUCUCUUCAGAGUGGAUACGAAGAGCUGAGCCCAGAGCAGUUGGAGCGCCUACAAGAAGACGUCAACAACAUCAAGAACAACCACAGGAGAGUCAAUGAGGAAUGUGACCGUGUUCAUUCAGCCUCCACCCAGUCGGGCCUGUUGUUGUGUCAGGCUCAUGUGAACUCUGCCCUGGCUGCGACUAGACCAUCUCUCAGCAAGUCGGACUGGAACAGAUACACAAAACUGUAUGAAAGCUUUGGCGGUUCAUCUCUUAACACAUUUCAACCUGGACAACGUGUGACUUUAGCUUGAGCCAACACAUUAAUCUGACUAAUUCCCUUUUUUGACAUUUAUAAACAAAAGUGCAAUUGAUAAUUAACAAUCUGUGGAAUUUAAAAGUUCAGGGCUCUAAAGACAAUGUAAAUUAAUAUGAUUAAUUUAAAUAUGGUUUUGUACUUGGAAUAUUAAUGAGAAAUGUAUCCACUUAAAAAUGUAAUUACUGUACAUUUGUAUAAUGUCUUCAUAAAAUACAGAGUUAUAGACCCUUUCUUGAACUGAUUAUGAAAGGCUUUAUUCAUUAUUUCCUGGUCACUGGCGCCAUCUGGUGGCUGUAGCGCAUUCUUAACUUUUGUUUACUCAAUAUUCUGUUUAUAUCCUGGAGAGUUAAAAAGGUGAUGGUGGUGGGGUUCUUAGAUUAUACUUCACAAUAUUUGAUGUGCUGACAAAAUAGAAAAAUAUAUUGUGGAUUAUUUUUGAUGAAUAAAGGCCCUGCGCACCCACACAGGUGUUCACAUCA